CGCUCUGUAGCUCUGAGGUCGGAGGUCAAGCGGCGGUCAGGCGGGAAGGCUGUCCCGCUACGUCCUCCCCCUCAACCGCCGUCCCACCACCGCCACCACUCUGGGACAACCGGUGCCGAGGAGGAGCCACCAUGAGCGACCAGAACGUCAUCAAGGAGGGCUGGGUCCAGAAGAGAGGUGAGUACAUCAAGAACUGGCGGCCGGGCUACUUCCUGCUGAAGACGGACGGCUCUUUCAUCGGCUACAAGGACAAACCGCAGGACUCGGACCUGGCGUACCCGCUCAACAACUUCUCCGUAGACAAAUGUCAGCUGAUGAAGACCGAGCGGCCCAAGCCGAACACCUUCAUCAUCCGCUGCCUGCAGUGGACCACGGUCAUCGAGAGGACUUUCCACGUGGACACUCCGGAUGAGCGGGACGAGUGGGCCGAGGCCAUCCAGAUGGUGGCCGAGUCGCUGGCCAAGCAGGAGGAGGAGGGCAUCCUCAGCAGCCCCACCUCCCAGAUCGAGAACGUCAACGAGGAGGAGAUGGACACCUCCAUCGGCCACUACAAACGGAAGACAAUGACUGACUUUGACUAUCUGAAGCUUCUGGGCAAAGGCACCUUUGGGAAAGUCAUUCUCGUGAGGGAGAAGGCCAGUGGCACCUACUACGCCAUGAAGAUCCUCAAGAAGGAAGUCAUCAUAGCCAAGGAUGAAGUCGCUCACACGCUCACAGAAAGUAGGGUAUUAAAAAACACCCGGCAUCCAUUCCUAACGUCUCUGAAGUACUCGUUCCAGACUAAGGACCGGCUGUGCUUCGUAAUGGAGUACGUCAACGGAGGCGAGCUGUUUUUCCAUUUGUCGAGGGAGCGAGUCUUUUCGGAGGACCGCACUCGUUUCUACGGCGCCGAGAUCGUCUCCGCUCUCGACUACCUCCAUUCGGCCAAGAUCGUGUACCGGGACCUGAAGCUGGAGAACCUCAUGUUGGACAAAGACGGCCACAUCAAGAUCACAGACUUUGGCCUCUGCAAAGAAGGCAUCACCGACACUGCCACCAUGAAGACGUUCUGUGGGACCCCGGAGUACCUGGCUCCAGAGGUGCUGGAGGACAACGACUAUGGCCGGGCGGUGGACUGGUGGGGUUUGGGCGUGGUGACGUACGAGAUGAUGUGCGGCCGCCUGCCGUUCUACAACCAGGACCACGAGAAGCUGUUCGAGCUCAUCCUCAUGGAGGAGAUCAAGUUCCCCCGGACGCUGUCGGCCGACGCCAAGUCGUUGCUCUCGGGGCUGCUCAUCAAGGACCCCAACAAACGGCUGGGCGGAGGACCCGACGACGCCAAGGAGAUCAUGCGCCACAGUUUCUUCAACGCCGUCGACUGGCAGGACGUCUACGAUAAGAAGCUGGUCCCGCCCUUCCAGCCCCAAGUCAGCUCGGAGACGGACACGCGCUACUUCGACGAGGAGUUCACAGCACAGACCAUCACCAUCACUCCUCCGGAGAAAUACGACGAGGACGGGAUGGACGCGGCGGACAACGAGCGAAGGCCUCAUUUCCCACAGUUCUCCUACUCGGCCAGCGGGCGGGAGUGAGCGCCGGGGGGGGGGGUGGGGGUGUGGGGUCCCCCAGCGGGCCGAUGUCCCCAUUCGUGGCCAUUCUGAGGAAAACACGUAGCCAUUUUAGGAAGAAAAAAAAAAAAAAAAGAAGAAAAAAAAAAAUCCCCAAAAAAA